CGGACCGCUGGACCAGGACAGAUCCAGCCCCUCUGCUCUGGCGGCUGGCUGUUGAUGGCACUGCGCACCGGGAGGACUUGGUUUGGCCAGGUCUUGCGCAGAGUCUCGCGGCUGCAGGGCACCUGGUCCCGGAGAUCCAGCAGCCUCCUGUGUCUGUCCUCCAACCAGGAGCAGGAUCUGGGGAGCUGCAGCCACAGGGACCACACGCGUUGCUCCGGCGCGCAUCACACCCACCAUCAGCACCAUCAGCACCAGCAUCUCCAGCACCGCCACCCUGGUCCGCACCGCUGCGAGAGCUUUCCCAACUGCUGCGCCUUCUUGGAGCAUCCGAGGGGACAUGAGCCCCUCACUCAGCGCUUCCUGGUGGCCAUGAAGCGGCAGAACGUGCGGACCCUGUCCCUCAUCAUCUGCACGUUCACCUACCUGCUGGUCGGGGCUGCGGUCUUCGAUGCCCUCGAAUCGGAUUUCGAAAUGAGGGAGAAGGAGCAGCUCGAGGCCGAGGAGAAGCGUCUCCAAGGGAAAUACAACAUCAGCGAGGACGACUACCGCAAACUGGAGAGCAUCAUCAUGGAGGCCGAGCCGCACAGAGCGGGGGUUCAGUGGAAAUUUGCGGGGUCCUUUUAUUUCGCCAUCACAGUCAUCACAACUAUAGGCUACGGGCACGCGGCCCCGGGGACGGAUGCCGGAAAGGCCUUCUGCAUGUUCUACGCCGUGCUGGGUAUCCCGCUCACGCUAGUCAUGUUCCAGAGCCUCGGCGAGCGCAUGAACACCUUUGUCAAGUACCUCCUGAAGCGCAUCAAGAAGUGCUGCGGCAUGCGGAUCACCGAGGUCUCCAUGGAGAACAUGGUGACGGUGGGCUUCUUCUCCUGCAUCGGCACCCUGUGCAUCGGGGCAGCUGCCUUCUCUCACUAUGAGGACUGGAGCUUCUUCCAGUCCUAUUACUACUGCUUCAUCACAUUGACUACCAUUGGCUUCGGGGACUUUGUGGCUCUGCAGAAGAACCGGGCUCUCCAGAAGAAGCCCCUCUAUGUGGCCUUCAGCUUCAUGUACAUCCUGGUGGGCCUCACGGUAAUCGGGGCCUUCCUGAACCUAGUGGUCCUCCGCUUCCUGACCAUGAACAGCGAGGAUGAGCGGCGGGACGCGGAGGAGCGGGCCUCUCUGGCGGGAAACCGCAACAGCACGGUGGUCCACGUGCAGGACGACGGGCAGCGGGGGCGGCCGCGCUACAAAGGGGAGGUGACGGACCUGCAUUCUGUCUGCUCCUGCAUGUGCUAUCGCUCCCAGCAGAACUCCUUCAGCUCUCAGCUGAACCCCCAGUACUUUCACUCUGUCUCCUACAAGAUCGAGGAGAUCUCCCCCAGCACCUUGAAGAACAGCUUUUUCCCCUCGCCCGUCAGUUCCGUGUCGCCCGGCCUCCACAGCUUCACGGACAACCACCGACUAAUGAAGAGAAGGAAAUCCAUUUGAGCCUCCAAUAACAUUUAGCUUUUUAAUUAUUAAAUUAGGUUCCAAAUGCUGCUCCCACCAAAUGUCAUUUUAGCACUUUUUUUUGUUAAAUGUAUAUGUACACUCACUGGGAAGGUGCGGAGCACUGGGCGGAAAUUUAAGACGGGCUGAAAUAGCACCAACACUGACUUUCUUAUUGCUUCAUUUGAAG